AAUAUGGAUGAGAAAGUGGAUUUCAAUUCUUCACUCAGUUGGCCUCACAUAUGGAGUUUCAAUGGCACAUACAAGUAUCCAUACCCAGACGAUAACAUUUCCUAUGUGGACUUCUACCUUCAUCAGCCACCAGUGGCAGCUAUCUUCAUCAUCUCCUACCUCCUCAUCUUCCUCCUGUGUAUGCUUGGCAAUGGAGUGGUUUGCUUCAUUGUUCUGAGGAGCAAGCACAUGCGCACAGUCACAAACCUCUUCAUCUUGAAUCUGGCAGUCAGUGACUUACUGGUGGGGAUAUUCUGCAUGCCCACCACUCUCCUGGAUAACAUCAUAGCAGGCUGGCCCUUUGGGAGCGUAGUCUGCAAAAUGAGUGGGAUGGUCCAGGGAAUCUCGGUUUCAGCCUCUGUUUUCACUUUGGUUGCAAUUGCAGUUGACAGGUUCCGAUGCAUUGUUUACCCGUUUAAGCAGAAGCUCACCACAUCAACUGCGGUUGUCAUUCUAGCAGUCAUCUGGGUUCUGGCUAUCACCAUCAUGUGUCCGUCUGCAGUCAUGUUGCAGGUACAAGAGGAAAAGUAUUUCAGGGUGAUCCUUGGCUAUAGCAAUCAAACCAGCCCUAUAUACUGGUGCCGGGAGGACUGGCCCAAUAAGGAAAUGAGAAAGAUCUAUACAACGGUGCUGUUUACCAACAUCUACCUGGCCCCCCUUUCACUCAUCGUCAUUAUGUAUGCCAGGAUAGGGAUCGCGCUCUUCAACAAAGCGGCACCUGUAGGGGGAAAACAGAGCCAGGAGCAGCGCCACUCCGUGUCCAGGAAGAAGCAGAAGGUGAUCAAAAUGCUCAUCAUUGUGGCUUUACUUUUCAUCCUGUCCUGGCUCCCUUUGUGGUCUUUGAUGAUGCUCUCAGACUAUGCCAAUCUGACAGAGGUCCAGCUGCAGAUCAUCAACAUUUACAUCUACCCCUUCGCUCACUGGCUGGCCUUUUUCAACAGCAGCAUCAACCCGAUCAUCUAUGGCUUCUUCAACGAGAACUUUCGCCGAGGCUUCCAGGCAGCCUUUAAGUUUCAGCUCUGCUCUGGGGAAAUGAUGCGCAGGGAGUUCUACUCCCAGCGGGGCCAAAGCAAUGCCAUAUUACCAGCAACUACCCACCAGCUGCUGGAGGACCAACCUUCUCAAAAUGCCAAGGACACGAAGAAACCAAUUCAUAGAGGGAGCUGGAUGAACAACCAGCAGGACUUGAUGAUGGAAGACCUAGAAAGGGCAACCAAUGACAAUGGAGUAAAAUGAAAUUUGCAAUGAACUGGUUUAUUCCAACUUCCCGUGGAAGAGUCUGAUGUGGUGUGAGGUUCACAUGAUUUAAGCCAGGGGUUGGCAACCUGCAGCACGUAUGCCAAACACGGC